AUGUACUUACGUGUAAAGAAAGCACCAAACGUCGUACAUAUAUUAUUCAUUCUUGUUAAUAUGAUUUAUGCAAAUGGUAGCCUAGAUGCAAACAGUAGAGAGUUACUCAAUUUGCAUGAAAAAUACAGACAGGAUUUGGUUGAUUGUAAAGUUGAUGGACAACCUCCAGCUAAAUAUAUGUCACCAUUGAAAUGGAAUUACAAUCUGGCUGCACAAGCACAAAAAUUGGCGAACAAAUGCAUCUUGCAACACGACAAACGUCAUUCGAAUGAAUUCUCUUGGGUUGGACAAAAUAUUGCUCUCCAUCCAACCAUUAAGUCAGGAGUAGAUGCUUGGUUCAAUGAGCACAAACUAUACGACUACAAAGAAAACAACUGUAUGGCAUGUUUGCAUUACACACAAAUGGCUUGGGCCAAGACCACAGACAUUGGAUGUGGAGUUGCGAGUUGUCCAAGAUACGGUCUAUCAAUCGUGUGUAAUUAUGGUCCAGGUGGUAAUUGGAAUAAUGAGAAACCAUAUGAAGUGAAAUCACGUGAAUUGUGCCCAAAAAUGCAGAAUAUUCCUAAAGAUAGUUUUCAAAAGGCGCGUGAUGAUACACUGCGUGCACCAUUAUCAAUAGUGAAUGUCAACCACAUGUUGUCAUCGAUCGGUUCAAGUGAAGGUUUAGUUAACGAUCAACCCUCCACAGGUUUACAAAGAACGUUGGAUGAGAAAAGCCUUGAAAUACUCGAACUGCACAGAAAAUACAGACAGGAUUUGAUUGAUUGUAAAGUUGAUGGACAACCUCCAGCUAAAUAUAUGUCACCAUUGAAAUGGAAUUACAAUCUGGCUGCACAAGCACAAAAAUUGGCGAACAAAUGCAUCUUGCAACACGACAAACGUCAUUCGAAUGAAUUCUCUUGGGUUGGACAAAAUAUUGCUCUCCAUCCAACCAUUAAGUCUGGUAAUUGGAAUAAUGAGAAACCAUAUGAAGUGAAAUCACGUGAAUUGUGCCGAAGUGCUGAAAAUACGAACAAUGGGAUUUUUAUUUCACCAACGAUUAAUCAAUUGGAUGAAUCUACUUUGUCAAAUUUGUUGAAUGAGCGAACCGUUUCACUGGAUAUGGUUAAUAGUUCAAAUGAUGGAAAUCAUAUGAACAUUCAUGUGUUCAAUAAAACUUUACUUAAGCCAAAUAUAUUAAUGAAUGAUUCUAUUUGUUAUGAUAUUUCCCAUUGA